UACAUAUUUCUUAUAUUCCUAGAAAACUUUGAAUCUUUACCAUCUAAUAUAUCAAAACUGAAUAUAUUCUUUUAAAAUCAUAUGAAAAUCCAAAACCUAGCAUAAGUUUCAAAAUUGUAUGAAAAAUUAUUUUUCAAAAAAACUCAUCAAACUGAACAAUAUAAGUAGAAAUAAACAUUAAAGUCUCGUAGUGAUAAAAUAAAAGUAGUCAAAUCCGUCCUUCUCUCUCUAGGAUCUCUCUCUCUCUCUUCGAAUCAUCAUUUUCCUCUCUACUGCCGGCGCGUGAGUCGAUGGUGGAGAUGGCUUCUUCUUUAUUUUUCUUUGUUCUUUUUCCUCGAGCUUCAUUGGUUUUCUCUUGUUUGAUUAGUUAUUUUUCCGAGGCCCAUUUUUUUUUAUUUGUCGUGGUGCGGAUGAACCAAAGCCAUGCAACAUAGUAGCUGCCGGUCUUGGUUAUGUCAGAUCUCCUGUCUCGUUGCUUUUUGGCUAAUAUUCUGUUUCGGGACGUCGGAGGAGAUGAGACACCAUCAGAUCUAUAGUUUUAUGCGGAAGAGGGCUAGUUCUGGCAUCUCAAAAGUGUCGGUGAUGUUGACAUAUGACAUUAAUUAUUCGGUUGCUCCGGACGUCUUAUGGGGUUGCUGCUAUGGUGGUGUAGCUUAUCGGGGAUUCUGGGCUUAACCCCGUUGCUGGUGGUGGGGGGGGGGGGGUUGAGGCGGUUGAGAUGGGUUUAGGUCAAGGCGGUGGGUGGUUAAAAGACGGCUUCUCGUUUAUGUGUAGAUCUAGAGUUUCUAUUCAAUUGGUUUAAUCCCGUUUUUUAGAUUGAUCCAUGUUUUUCACUCGAAUUUUAGUUUGUAACCCCGAGAAAUUAACUGGUUUAAAGGCGAUAACUAUAAAUUUUUAUUAACAGAAAAUGUGAAAGUCAAUCUAGAGAUAUUUAGCUCAUGAGAUGCAAAAGCCCUACAAGAUGAGAAAAAAAAAUUAAAGUACUGCAUAUGAAAUGAAGAUGCUCAAAAGUACCAACACAGUGUUGCCAUGAUUGAUGCAAUGUCUUAUAAGGCUUAAUUUAUUAAUGAAUAACGAAGCCAAAAAAUUUUCAUUACCUGAUUAAAAAGUCCGAAAGAUUCAUGCUGAGUCUAACGAUGACAAAACCAAUAUCACGUUUAAUCAUUAUAUAGCUAAAACUAAAGAAACAAUGAACAUAUAAAAUGAGUAUGCACUAAAAAGACAGCGACGACCUUCCUUUUGAAUGAUUAUGUUAAAACGGAGGCAUCAUUUAAAAACAGAUAGACUUGUAAGAUAAUAUUUAAUGGAAAAUACGGCAAUGAACAAUUGUGGCUACACUAUGAACUUGGGCACACCAGAAAGAAACGAGAACUGAUUAUACAAUGAUGACAAAGUUUCAAAAUAUUGACUAUAAAUAGAUAACAACACAUGAUAUCUCUCACCAACGAUAAGUUUAUAUAUUGACAAGAAAAAAGAAAACACCAAGUUUAAGAAAAAGCAAGGCAAAACCGAAAGAAAUGGCAAAGAACAUCAACUCAGUCAGCAUCACUGUUCUCUUGUUCGUCCUCUUUGUGGCUUCCACCGAAAUCCUCAAGAGCGAGGCUCAAACAUUUUGUUUCGAGUGCGGACCGGAGCCGUUCCUAGGUACAAAUGCUGAUUGCUUUAACUGUUGCAAAACCAAAUACGGGAGUCCUCCAGUCGUUAGUGGCGUUGUUGAGGGAAGUGAGAAACACUGUCAUUGCUAUUGUUGAUCCUUGAAAUAACCUCAUGUAAUCACCAUGUGUAACUUUUGUUUUCAGUCGGUGACAUGUCUGUUUGUUUAUGCUCAACCUUCUUUUGCUUCCCAAUAAAACAUCAAGGGCAAAACUUAUCACUGCUUUGCCCCAAGUUUAUGCCUAUGUUACGUGUACUUUUGUUUCAUUAUGAAUACAAAAGGUUGUUUUAUGUUUGUGUUCCUCGUUUCAGUUCCCCAUAUACUCAGUCUUCUUGUCGCUAAAAGUAUCUAUAAAUAUUGAACUGGUCUUGUUGUAUAAACUUGUUUCUAUCUUGAUAUGUUCACUAGCUAGAAAAUAAAAUUUGCUUUAUAUAAUACCAAAAUCGGUUUUCAUCCUCAAAAAGAGUACAAUAGUGAACACAGAGAGAAUUAUAUAUUCAAAAAUGCUAAGAAUAUGUGGAUUUUUAUUGAAUAAGGCAGUAGAUGGAAUGAUACAAUUAGGAAAAAUAAUUUUAUGUUUUUCAAGAUAGAAAGUGUAACAUUCAUUAUAUAAUUUAGUUCAUUGGGGAAAUUAAAAAUCUACCAUAUAAGAACUAAAAAGAGUGUUUCUUCUGUACAAAAUUCAGUACAUACCAAAUGUUCGAUUAAGAUAUUAAUAAAUACAAAAAAACUUUUCUAGAAUUAGGUCAAUCAAAAAAAGAAUUACGAGUAGAAACCAACAGUAAUUAUUAGGAUAAAAUAAGAAUAAUUUAGUGCAUGUUCUCCAUCAUUUUUAGAGAUAAACCUCAAAUAUACCAUUUAAAUAAACAAAAAUAAUAAUUUUUGUAUCAAAUUUCCUGAGAAUAUUCAAACGAAAC